CAUAAUUUUACAAUAAUCUGAGUUGCAGAAUUUCUUGAGUUGAUGCCUGAAACGGGUGCUUGGAUACUUUGUAUCAGGGUUUUGUUGUGGUUUAUGAAUUUUUUUUUUUUUUAGUUUUAACUUCUCUCUUAUUUCUGUUUUUUGGUUUAGCUUUUCUACUUCCAGCAAUGAAAAUUUUGAUUUUUUUUUUCCUAGAAGAAAUGGUUACGAAGGCUCUUCCUUCCGAUUUUUUUUUUCUCUAAAAUUUGUUCAUAUGCAUGUUUGAUGCAUAUGCAAGCGCCUUCCACUGGGCUUUCUGAAUAAAUAUGAUACCUUUUUCUGUGAUCCACUCCUUUGAUUUUUUUUUUCCUCAAAAUUUUCUUUGGUUUUCCUUGAAUUUAUUUUAUUUUAUUAUCAGAUCAACCGGAUCAUCUGUAAGUUACAGAAGGCUUUUGUGUUAAUUAACAAUUGUAUAUUUUAUGUGUGGUUUUUUUGGCUUAGUUGUAGGCAUGGAAUUAGGGGCAAUUCAUCAAGAUAAGUUUCAAAUUAUGUUGGUUAAGGAAUUUCCGAUACCAUGGGUUUAAUUGGGUUUUAUCUGAUUGAUGGGAGUUGCAAUUCGUGGGUCUGGUAUCUGGGGUCUGCAAACUUAAUUGAUUUUGAAGGCUCACAUGUUCAUGGGAGUUUAUUCAAGACUUCCAGGUCGUUGUUUUUGAUGCAUUCUUCUUGAUGUGAUCUUUGAGAUAUGGUUUUGCAGAAGAGAUUAGACUAUGGAUUCAGUGGCUAUCAGGUGCCUGCUACUCCGCGAGCGACCAGAUCAGCCAGGAAAAGGGGUUCAUUUAAGAAGAGAGUGGAAGCCAAUCAAAUAUGUGCAUUUGACUUACUAGCAACCGUAGCUGGUAAGUUAUUGUGCGGGAAAGAAAGUAGGCCCAGUUCAAGUAAUAUGUCAAGUGAGGAAAAUAAGCCUGCAGUUGCAAAAAGUACUGUAAAAGAGGAAAGGCAGGAAGAAGAUCAAGAAUUGAAGGUAGAAACGUGUGAUCAAGGAAGCUGUGACAAGAAAUUCCUUGUUUCUGAGCUUGCCUCACAAGCUUAUGAUCAAGACUAUAGUUUUAGGAUAUUGCCAGGUCAUCAAGAUGACUAUCAUUCUGGAUUUGCUUCCAUAAUAACAAGUUCUGACAGCUCAGAAAGAGUUGGUUCUCAGAAGUUGGUGAAAGGCAAAAUUGAGAAUGAAAUGGACAGUUUACCAUGCAAAGUAGAGAGUGGCCCUGCUGCAAACGGGGGAUCUGUUGAUUGUAAUAUUUCAAAUGAUGAAGAUAAAAGAUUUGUUAAUUGUGAGCUGGAAAAGACUGGGAAGGUUUCAACUGAAGAAGGGACUGGUGUGUCCCAUGUAGAGGAUCCAGUGGUCUGGAAUGAGAAACCUCCUGUCUUAGUUAGUUCAGAUAGUAGCACCAAGGUGCCUUUGUGUGGGGACCAAAAUCCCCACAGUUCUUUUCCCGCAAGUCUGGAUAAUGUAAAUUUAGUUAGUAAAGAUGAUGACGAAAACUCUUCAGGGUGUACUCACCCCAGCACCAUACAAAAAUCAUUUAGGGCAACUCCACGUAUUGGAGCCCGAAGAAUAAGGAAAAUAUUGGCUUCCAAAUAUUGGAAGGUAGCUCCAAAAUUGAAGGAUGUUAGACUUUCUAACUUAGAGGACUUGAGGCCUUCUUACUGCGAAAGGAAUAACAGUUACAAACGCCUCAGAUCUGAAAGGAAUUAUCCCUUCAAGAAAAGGAAGUUUUUUCACUAUACCUCACUGCCAAAUUCUGAUGGGGGAAUUAGCAGUGAUGGCAUUGCUCAUUCACAUCAGAGGAGCAUUGAUGUAGAUGCUAUUGAUUCAUGUCCAAAGAUGCAUGGAGCUACUGGGGAUUCUUCUUCAGUAGCUGAUCAGCCCAGAUUGUUCCACCCUAGGGAUUCUCACGUGAAACUUAGGAUCAAGUCUUUCAGGGUGCCAGAGCUGUUCAUUGAAAUUCCAGAGACUGCAACUGUUGGUUCGUUGAAGAGGACUGUUAUGGAGGCAGUGACUUCGAUACUUGGAGGCGGACUGCGAGUUGGUGUACUCAUUCAGGGAAAGAAGGUUAGAGAUGACAAUAAAACUUUACAGCAGACUGGAAUUUGCUGUGACAGUCAGUCAGAUGUUUUAGGUUUUAGCCUUGAGCCUAACCCUUCACAAACUCCCUUGUCUUUCUGUCCUGGAGAUUCUCCCUUGAUGUUUCCACGUGACACUCCUCAACCUCCAACAAGGUAUCCAGCCACUUGCCAUGUCUCACCUGAACCUCAUGUGCCUAAUAUAGGCAGCUUUGUUGAAAGUGAUCAUGAUUCUGCACCUUCUCCUACUGAAAUGUCAAUUGACAAAAGCACAACUGAUUCCAAAGCCCUGGUUGCUGUACCAGCUGUGCCUGUGAGUGUGGAAGCUCUAGUUGUUGUGCCAGUUCAUAGGAAGUUUAAGCGAUCUGAGGUUGUGCAACGUCGAAUUCGUCGACCUUUCUCCGUGGCUGAAGUUGAAGUGCUGGUUCAAGCGGUUGAGAAACUUGGAACUGGAAGAUGGCGUGAUGUCAAGUUACGGGCUUUUGAUAAUGCAAAACAUCGCACAUAUGUGGAUUUGAAGGAUAAGUGGAAAACACUAGUGCACACGGCAAGAAUAUCCCCUCAGCAAAGGAGGGGAGAGCCGGUUCCCCAGGAACUCUUAGACAGGGUCCUAACUGCCCAUGCCCACUGGUCCCAGCAGCAAGCCAAGCAGCAAUUGAAGCAACAGCCGGAGAGCUGCCUUCUCCUUCAGAACCCAGUCACCUGAUGACUGGAGCACAUGUAAUGCUGAAGAAAGAAACACCGGAUUGACGGAAGGAUUGCCUUUUUUUUUUUGCCUGGUUAGUUUCUGGUUUUCUGUGUAUUUUGUUAAUGAUCAUGUAAAAAGUAAUGAUGGGAAAGAAAUAGGGAAGUAAGAAGUAAUACUCUUAUUAGGUAUCAGUUGUAGCCGUGAUUCUUUUCCUGCGUUGGAAAGGCUUGGCUCUUGUAAAUGGCUGUUAAUUAAAUAAGAGCUUGCUAACAGAAAUGAUUCCAUUUUUCUUCUUUUUCCAUUGAUUUUGAAUAAUAUUCUAAGCUCCAU